AUGCAGAGGAACUGUGAUAAGAACAACAUUCAGAUGCUGCAUGAUAUCAUUAACAAAAUGGACCCUGAGGAGGGAAAGUACCACCUGAAGAGGUGCAUUGACUCUGGACUUUGGGUCCCCGACUCAGGAGAGGAUGCAAACUGUGCAGAAAAACCUGUUUUCACUCCGUCCAGACUGGUAGUGAAGUAUGGUGACCCAACCUCUGCCACCUGCCUUGUUUGUCAGCAUAAUUGCACAAAUGAUUCAUUUGGUCUGGAGCAUGCUGUGGGGUACACUGAAAAAAAUGGAACCACGAUUUCAUGGAAGGUUGACAGCCUGACUGAAUGGAAUACAUCUCCAAAGUGCUACUAUAAUGAUGAUGAUGGUAACCAGUGUGUUACCAGCCUGCCUAUAACCGUCUAUCAGCCUCCAAAAAAUGUCUAUCUCAGCUUCCUAAAUCACUCUGGGCCGAUGUUUGCAGGCCAUCAGUACACUCUGCAGUGUACAGUCCAGGAAGUUGCUCUUAUUAGUAACCUCAAUGUGACCUUCUACAGAGGACAGACAGAACUACAGAGACGACAGUCCAGCAGCACAACAAAGGAGCCAGUGACUGAGACCUUCACUCUUGACAUCAACCCUAGUAAAGAUGAUGGAGGCCUGUACUGGUGUGAAGCCGAGCUAGAGCUGGGAGCUGAAGGACCACAGCCUCCUCCAGUGUUGACGUCACAAAACAUCACCGCCACUGUUCACUACAAGCCUCAGCUGAAGGAGAGUCCCGAUCCAGAACGGAUCACCCUGACAAUAGGAGACCCUCUGCAUCUGAACUGCUCUAGUGAGGGAAACCCCAGCCCCUCCUACACCUGGAGGCUCCCAUCAACCAGUCGUCCCCCCUUCAGUGACAGCACUCUCAGUAUCGAGGCUGUAACUUCUACAGAUGGAGGACAGUACAUCUGUUUGGUCAGCAACUCUGUGGGGAAUGUGACUAAAGAGUUUACUGUGGAUGUCAAUGUGAACUACAUCCACAUUAUUAUAGUGGUAGGCGUUGUGGUAGCAGUCAUCAUUAUUGCUGCCUUUGUUGUGUGGUAUCUGAAAACGGACAUUUUCAUUCUUUGCCAUCACCAUCAACACGUUGCUGUGCCUGUUGGAGAGUAAGUUUGUGGGUGAGGCCUCACACGUGUAUGGACUUCCUGAACCUGUUGCUGUGUCAUGUGCUGCAGUCAUGCUCAUAAGUUGCAGUUAACUGUAAACCACAGAUGUACAUAGAAAGCAUCAGGAGCCCCUGUAUAUGAGGAGUAACACACACAUGCUGUAAAUCAUUUUAAAACGUAUAUUAUUCACUAUUUAAUGUGUUAUAGGGCCAAGUCCUCUGAUAAGUUUGAUACAAAUGUAAUAUAUUGUCACUAAAUUUUAUAA